UCAAAAUUUCACAGCAAAACAAAUUUCAUUUUCAUUGUGUUGCAAUUGAACAGAAUCCAACGAAAAACGGAAUACAAAUCGAAAAAAUGUCCAACUAAACAAAAGCCAAUCAUCAUUCUUGAAGAAUUUUCGGCAAAUAAGUAUGAAGUUGUUUCGUGUAAAUAUCAGAAUAAGUGUUUAAAUCGUAUACGAAAAUGUCGAAGCAACAAACGAGCAUCAACAACAAAUAUGAUCGCCUGAUUGCAUUGAUUGACAUGGAUUGCUUCUACUGUCAAGUGGAAGAACAACUGAAUCCAGAGCUCCAAGGCAAACCAAUCGCUGUAGUGCAGUACAAUGCUUGGCGAGGCGGCGGGAUCAUAGCGGUAAAUUACCCAGCCAGAGCUCAUGGUGUGACGCGUCAUAUGCGAGGUGAUGAAGCCAAAGAGCAAUGCCCCGAUAUUGAAUUAGUAAAAGUGCCGAAUAUUCGUGAGAAAGCCGAUUUGUCAAAGUACCGAAAUGCUGGCAAACAAGUAGCAACCGUGCUGCAAACGUUCACACCAUUAUUAACGCGAGCUAGUGUUGAUGAGGCGUAUUUAGAUCUAACGGAGCAAGUUCAAAUUAGAUUGAUGGACAUGAAUAAGGGAAAGUUCUCGUUGCAACCGAAUGCGUUGAAAAACACAUUUGUUGUGGGCUACGACAGUAUCGCCGAGUAUGUACAAGAUAUUUCCGAGCGGAUAACUCAAGGCACUGACGAUGGAAGCGAUGAAUUGGCUCACAUUCCAGAGGAGGAUCGCAAAGCGUAUAAGAAAAGUGAUAUAAAACUAUUGAUCGCAUCGUCGAUUGUGAGUGAAAUUCGAGCAGCGGUGAAAGAACAAACGGGAUACGAGUGUUCGGCUGGAAUUGCACACAAUAAAAUAUUAGCGAAACUCGUGUGUGGAUUGAAUAAACCAAACAAACAAACCAUUUUGCCGCUAAAACACAUUCCACAGUUGUACAAAACUCUUCCCGUAGGAAAAGUGCAGGGUUUAGGCGGUAAAUUUGGCGAGAGAAUCUGUGAAGAUUUGGGAAUUAAACACAUGGGCGAAUUGAUCAAAUUCUCAAAAGAAGAGCUCCAGCGACGAUAUGACGAAAAAAAUGGACAGUGGCUGUAUAAUAUGGCGCGUGGUAUCGACUUAGAAGCGGUCACACCACGAUUAGUGUCAAAAUCGAUUGGGUGUUGCAAAAAGUUUCCUGGUCGAAAUGCAAUAUCAGCGAUAACAACGUUGAACCAUUGGUUGCACGAGUUGGCCAAAGAGAUUUCCGAGCGAUUGGAGCAAGAUGAACUCGAAAAUAAUCGUCGGCCCAAACAAAUGGUUGUGAGUUACGUGCAAACGAUCAACAAUGCGGAUGUUUCUAGUUCGAGAAGCGUAAAUAUGACAACGUUCGAUGAGGAGAAAAUUGUGAGCGAUGCCAUAGAUGUGCUCAAAAGAAACACGGAGAAAUUCUUCAAAUCCAGUGAUAAUUGUGUGUUGAACAAUCCAAUCAAGUUUUUGGGCUUGAAUGUGGGUAAAUUCGAGAGUACAGAUGUAAAGAAAGGCAACACAAUCCAGGGUAUGUUCCAAAAGACGAUUGAGAAUCAGAAAAAUGAAACGAAAGAUGGAGUGGAGACAAGUGACAAAACAACCACCGACUGUGAUCAAACGGACAAGCCUGAGGAGAGUAACGGAGCGCCCAGUGAAGAUUCAAAGCCGAAGGAAGAGAAAAAAAGUGAUGUGCAAGAGUCUUACUUUGCUAAAUACCAUCGAAUGCAGCUGCAAAAGAAGGCUGAAGAAGAGGCACGAAAAGCAGAAGAAGAGAGACGACGCAACGAAGAAGAAGCCGAUGAGGAUCAAGAAAGCGACGAAGAAAAUACAUUGAACAACGACAUGUUAAUGGAAGAACUGAAACAAAAUAAUCAAAGUGUGCAGCAACAGCCAGAGGCUAUACCACGUUCAGAAUCACCAGCUCCAUCAACAUCGUCGAAUGCGAAUUACAUGGAAAGCUACGCCGAGUUUUACAAGCCGCUAGAACUGCCGAAAGUUGAAUGCACAAAAUGUGGAAAGAAAGUGAACGCGCACGAAAUUCAAAUUCACACUGACGAGCACCUCGCAUUUCAGCUUACUCAAGAGCAACGCGUUGAAUUCCAAAGUCAACUGAAGCGAAAUAUCGUUUCCACAACGCCGGCGGCGAAGAAGCAAAAGACAACAGCCAACAGCAAAUCGAAAUCUCCCCCCAAAUUGGCAUCGAUUCAAAAGUUCUUGGUGAAAGCUGGUCAAGAUGUGACGAUAGCCAUGCCGUCCACGAGCACAGCGUCCAAUGUUGAAACGGAAAAGUGUCAGGAAUGUGGCAAAAAUAUUCCGAUCGUUGAACUAUUCGAGCACAUGGACUAUCAUGCCGCCAAAAAGCUUCAAGAUGAACUAAUGAAAGCUGAGAUUGCGAAUCGAACGAAUAACAAUACGAUACAAAACAGUGCCGGCAAAAAUGUGAGCGCAGUCAAAGGGAAAAAAUCAAAAACGAAAACAUCUAGCAAUGCAACCAACAACGGUGCACCGAAUGCAAUGAAGAACAUCGCAUCGUUCUUCAAAAAUACUUGAUUACUGGACAGUUCAACGAUUUGAAAGUUCAGAUUUUGUUGAGCAUAUUUGAUAGGAGAUUUAGUCUAGAAUUGGAUCGUUUUAAUGAUAAUUUUUACUUAGUUACUCAAGAGUUCAAAAAACGGGUUUAGAUUUAACAGUUAUGUUUAUUUCGUAAAUGUUAUAUAUUUCAGUUAGAAACGAUAAUAAAAACGUAUUCGGAAAUAAUGAUUGAAA